UUAGUGUUGCUGAGAAACAAAAUGGCGCAGACCUGUUUGUUUUGAAAAUAUAGUCAUCAGAGAUAAAUAUUUUUUUUUGCAUGUAUCUAGAUCUAGGAGAAAAACGAUAGUGAUUUUUUUAAUCUAUUUUUUUUAUCCAUAUUCAUCUAAAGCAUUUUAAAAAAUGACAGAAAUAGAAGCUCGCCCAGAGGAUGUUGGACAAAUUCUACUAAAAGUCCAAAAUGAAUUACGCAUACUUAGGGAGAAGGUUUCAGCAGGAGACAACAACAUGUCUGCCUCUGACCUAGAUCAAGUCCUUGCUAAAACUGAGGAAGACAUUCAGCGUUGCACAGAAGAUGUUGUUUAUCACAUCAAUAAUCAAAUGCAGAUAAUACCUUUGAGUGAUUCUUCUGACAGAGAAAAUCAAAUAUCUUCUGGAAGUUUUGUGAACACUGACAAUAGAAAAUCAAAAGAAAUAUCAAAAAGAAUUAUGUUAUCUAGACAACCCCUGCCACCAACAGUUAAAUUACCUCUUAGAAAAUUCAUGCAAGAGUUAUCCCCAGGACAAAAGCAUCACAAACAGUGGACAGUUAGAACAAUUGUAAAUCCACACAAUCAAAUGAACAGAGCCAUGAUGAAGCAAAAUUUUGGGAUUCAGCUGCCACUCAUUAAUGAUAGAAAAAUUCACAGAACAGAGAGCAAACCAAUGAUUGGCACUACAGUACAGCACCUCACUACUCUUCCUAAGGCAAAUAGGGUUGAUGCCUCGAUUGCUCCACCCCCAGUCAGUGAUGAAGAUGCUAAGAGAGGUAUUUUUAGUUUACUGGAAAGAGGUCUUAUUCCGCCAGCUGCACUUCUGACUUUUGAUCCUUCUCCAAUCAAAAAUAAAAGUCUUCAAUUGUAUAAUCCUGAUGAAAAAAUUAAGUUCCCAGCUCCAACAGAUGAUAAUUCUAACUGGGCAGUGGUCAGAUUUGACACUACAAGCUCUGUCAAAGAUAGUAAGCCACUACCUGUAGUGCCCCAUACAAAAAGUCCAGAAGUUAGAAGCCACUCUGCAAAGACAUGGCGAACAUCUUCAGCUUCUAAUAAUCAGGUUGUGAAAACCUCAGCGUCUGUCAAAACAUUUGAAAUGCAGCUUCAACCGUUUCCACCACCCACCACACCAGCAAGUGGAGAUAAUAAACUAGGAAGUUAUAGAUUGGCUAUACAGAAUGGUAAAACAAGGGAUAAUCAUGCAGAGUUUUUGGCCUUUAAGGAUCAUUAUUAUCAUUCAUGGGGCAGCAUUUUGUCUGUGAUUCAGAAGUUAGAGGAAAUGUGCACAUUAUAUGUUGUUCCAAUAGCUUUUGUGCAUGGUGAAAAAUUAGUUGAGCUAGCCAUGGAAUAUGAGUUGGAAAAAUCACCUAGUUUGGCAGAACUUCUCAGUGUUAUUAUAAAUAGAGAAGAUGUUGAAGGAAUUAUAAAUAGGCCGGGACGAAAGUUUCAGGGUGCUAAUGGGAAACAUCUAGCUGCUGUUAAAAUCCAGUCAUGCUGGCGUAGGUACAAGGAGCGCUCUCAAUAUUUAGAAUAUCGUAGGCUGAAGUGGGCUGCUGGUGCCAUUGCCAUGUCUUGGAUUAUGCAUAUCAAAAUGGUCAGAAUGAAGCAUCAGUUGAGGCAGACUCGUGUUGAGCAGCUUGAAGCUUUUAAACGACGGGCCAAGAUAUUUGCCUCAUCAUGGGAAAGAAUAAAGAAUUCACACAGAGUUAUCAUUCAUAUUCCUUCCUUUGGAUUUAGUCAAUCUAUUCGAGAUAGUGUUAAUGAUCUAGGCAUGAGACAAAAUUCUCAGAUGGCGAGACUUUGUGAUAUUAGGGAUCCCAAAGUUGAUGUCAUUUACAUCUCUGCAGUGCCUCUUAGUGAUGAAACCAUGCAGUAUUACUCCAAGCUACUUGGUUUAAGUUCUGCUGUCUCCAGCAGUAAUUCUGAAGAUCAAUGUGACAUGUCAGAUCAUUACAAGAUCUUAGUUCCAGAAGCUUUGAAAAGUUUUCCUACACACCAUAUGUGCCUUUCUACAUUACUGAAGUAUAGCCCCAGAACAUUGAAGAGAAUUAAGAACCUAAUCAAAGGAAGAGAUGCUUUUAUUGUGACUGGAGUCCCACAUCAGGAUGAUCUGGCUGUUUCGGAUGCACUUGAUGUUCCCAUUUUGUGCCCUGAGCCUGAUGUUGCUCACUUAUAUUCAACUAAAUCAGGCUGCAAGAGAAUUUUUGCCAGUGCCAAUAUUGACACUCCGCCAUCAGAAUAUGAUGUUUAUAGUCUUGGACAGCUCCAUGAAUGUCUAGCUCAACUAGUCACAGAGAACCUGAAAGUCCAGCGAUGGCUGUUUAAACUUGAUGAUGAAUUUGAUGGCAGGGGAAUAGCCUAUUGCGAUGUUACUCAGCAUUUAAGAUGCUAUAAAUGGGCACUUAAAGAGGAGCAUAGAUAUGGAGAAAAGUGGACCAAGAAAUGGGCACAGGAAUCAGCUUACAUUAAAAUUCAUGCUGAAAUCCCAGACAUUCUCACAAAUUAUGCCCAACCUUUCAACACAAAGAUUUUUCCGACCUGGGAAUUGUUUCUACAGGCAUUUUUAUCACAAGGAGGUAUAAUAGAGGCCUGUCCUCCAUCAGACAACUUCACUGCCCUCACAGCUGAUCUUCUCAUAGAACCCACUGGAGUGGUCAGUUUGUUGACUUGUGGAGACCAGAUUCAUGCAGACAGUCCAUUCUCUUGCUGGGGGCUCUCGGUGCCCCAGUCGUCCUCAGAGCCUUCAGAAAUUAAUGCCAUGUGCAUGAGAAUAGCUGAUGCUUGUAAAUCUAGAGGCAUCAUGGGAUAUCUGAGAAUUAAUUUUGUUACUUUCAUUGAUCCUAAACUGAUGGACCAGAAGAUUUGGGCUAUCGACUUGUGUUUGCACUACAGUGACAACCUGGCAUUAUUUAGAUUGAUGGAAUAUGUUACCUAUGGACAUUUUGAACCAAAGACACACAUGUUUGAAGUCAAAUUAUCACUUCAAGAGAAUAAAGUCAGCAAAAGAAGAUUAACUGCACAAGAGGAGGAGCAAGCUCAAAACACCAUCAGAUAUGCAGUGAUGAGCACACGACUUCUACACACUAACUUGUCUGUCAUACAUUACAGUGUUUUCUUUCAAAUGUGCCGUGCUCAUGGCAUAGGAUAUGAUAUAAAGGAUAAAACUGGCACAAUUUUCACACUCAUUGAUAGUUUUAACAGAGAACGUCUUGGAAUGUUAACUGUGGGAGAUAAUUUACAAGGAGCUUUAGCCUCUUUUGCCAAAAAUUUGUCUGUUAUACAUCAAGAAAUUUCAGCUCCAAAUAUGCAAGGAAUCACCAACUUUAAGAAUGCUAUAACAGAUAUUGAAAGUAUUCUUGGUACCACUGUGCAGAAUGCUGAGGAAAGUCAUGAAAAAUAAGAAUCAGUUGUUCUUUUUACUUUAUUUUCACUUCAAUAAGAUUUGUUCAGUUCUUAGUGUGUAGUUACUAGAGCACAGUUAAAAUGCACUGCUGAAAAUCUUUUUUUUUAAAUGAUAAUUAUGUAUUUCUUGAAUAAUGAGAUGGAUAAGUAUUAUUGAUGUAAAAAUUCCAUUGUCUGUAACUUCAAAUGUAACUGAUUAUAGCUGUGUGUAUUGUUUGUAAAUACUCAAAAACUGAAAUGUCUGUGAUAAGUGAUUAUCUUCUCAUUAUUUCUUUAUUUAAGUAAUGAUUCUACUUUAAAUGAAUCUCACUUUUUAUUAUAAAGCUUACAACUUACUCAGUCUGUCGAGUAAAAAGUUUUUACUUAUUUCUCAAUCUUGGAUCAAGUGGAAAUAAGUUAAUUGAUCAGUA